AGAAGCCUCUGACCCUGUGUCCAGGCUUUGUUGGUGGUCCCCAGUCGGAUUUGAGCAUCGCAUCGAUUCAGGAUAAAGGCGUUACAAAACAAUAUUAAACAAACAUGCACAUUUUGGUCCGGCGAUAUGAGCCUUCUGAUCAAGAAGCCAUUGAAAUGAUUUACCCAGAUGCAAUUAAGGAACACAUCAACCCUGCAUUCCUACACGCCAUGUCCCAGCCUCUUCAUAUCACUAUAAUAAGUCUGUUUUUUUGCAUUGGUGCUUAUCUGCUCGACGGGUCUGUUAUUCUGGCCCUAACUAUUCUGGCCAUAAUAUCUGGAGGAGCCUGGGUUGGCCUGGUGUAUUGUUGCUGCUAUGAGUAUUACGCUUCUUAUGUCCAGAAGAGACUACGUACAGACCUGAAGGACAUUCCAGGUCACUAUCUCAGCAAUCCAGAUAACUGCUUCUGGGUCGCUGAAGCCGAGAUGGAUGGUAGGCGUCAGAUUUUGGGUAUGGUGGCUGUGAAAGCCAAAGAUGACGGCGACGGAAAGAAACAUGGAGAGCUUUUACGAAUGAGCGUGUUGUCCACCUGCCGCCGUGCUGGUCUCGGUCAACAGCUGGCUAAAAUCGCAGAAGACUUCUGCAAGGAACGUGGCUUUACAAAGAUCAUACUUUCCACCUCUUCUGUUCUAAGAGCACCUGUGGCGCUAUACAAUAAGAUGGGCUUUAAACUGGUCCUGGUUAAUACUCAAUCUGAGAGACCAAAGGGGUUGGUGUGGAUGACUCGACUCAAAAUUAUGUACAUGGAGAAAAUCAUUUGAUCCUUAACUGCUGUUAAUACACCUGACCUGAGCUCAAUAGCAGAAAGUAUUUGAGAGUUAUGAGAUAGUCAGAUGAAAACUGAUAUGGAGUUCCAUCAGCUAAAAAUAACCAAAGAGUUUCGAUGUUUUUCCUAUUUAAAACUUAACUCUUCUGUAGUUGCAUCGUGUACUAAGAACGACAGAAAAUUAAAAGUAAAGGUAAGAUUCAAAUGUUUAACUCUAGGGGAGCUGGAAAAUGAGCAUAUUUUCAAAAAAAAGUGGAAUGUCCCUUUAAGCCUAAGACACAUGUUUGAGCUGUAUUUUCAACGAAAAAUAACGGAAACGCUUUAUAUUACGACCCGCAAUCUACUGCAUAAUUAAAUCAAAUUUACAGCGUACCUAUUUGAAACAACAUAGUACUUUUACAUUAUGUUCUUGUAGGUAUAAGGAAACAAUAUGUUAAGUUUGGGGUAAUAAUAUGGUAAAAGUAUUUUACAGCUACAGGGUACCUAGUAUUGUAAUAUUAAGUGGUAUAUGACUUAAGUUGAUGGGUAAUAUGGCCUAUUGAUUUUUUGUUAUAAUUUUAUUUAGAUUUUUUUUCAUAUUCGCUACCUAAUGAAAGUAUAUUGUAUACAGUCCAUGUCUACGAACCAUGUUGGCAAAUAAAAUAUAACACUUUUAUUUCGGUAUAGACUGUA